GCUGCUGGGGACGUGAAGAUAACGCUAACGGGGACGGUUGAUGCCACUACGUGCACACCAUCGCCCCCCCUAUCUACUGGGAAGAGCAGCGAAGUUACCAUUUCUACUGCGGUUACUUUGAAGAAGAAGGGUAGCUCAGAAGAAGAGAAAACAAUUCCGAAUGAAGUGUCUAAGGUAGUCACUGUUCCCGAUGGGUACAAAUUGACGCUGGACACCUCACUGGAAGUUAAAUGUAUGAAGAAAGAGACGACUCAAGAAACCCCUGAAACACUGUGUACAGCUAAUGAGGAUGCCACAGCUACCUACACUCUCACCUAUGGUGCCGCUGUAAAGUCCACUACUUCUGGUAAGACCACUGUAAAUCCGCCGGAGACACAAACGCGUGAUGUGACGGUCCCAGCUGGGCACAAUGUGAAACUCAUUGCGAAAAUUGUUGCUACAUGCGCUGCUGUGACAAAGGCCGAAAAGCCUUCACCGCCAGUAGGGGACAUAGCUCCUAGCGGAGGACAGGAGAAGUCCCUUGAUGGCAAAAACCCUGACCCAACUCAUAUCGCACCUGAAUCUCAAAUAUCCGAGCACAACCCUACCAAACCAGAGACAGACAAACAGAUGACUCAGGGCGGAGAGACAUCUAAGCAAUCCAACACUCCACUGCGUGGCCCCUCCACGGGAGAUCUAAAGUCAACUGGUCAAGGUGAUGCUGGCGAGAAGAGCAGUGCUCUCACCAACGAAGUUCUUACUCCAGUUUCCAGCGAGUCAGAAAGCAAAGAAAGAGAAAGCUCCGUCACAGUGAAUGGCGCCGAUCACACUGCCUCCACAGCCACAUCUCAAUCAGAGACAACCACCGAAGGGGCUCCAAACACUGAUGCCGAUGCUCCCACC